CGCAUGCUGAUUGGAUUCACCUGCAAGGUGUGCAAGCACCGGCAGUACAAGACGAUGGCCAAGCAGGCGUACGAGAAGGGCGUGGUGCUGAUUCAGUGCGACAGCUGCAAGAACCGGCAUCUGAUCGCGGAUAACCUGGGCUGGUUCCGCGACAAGAGCGUCAACAUCGAGCAGAUCAUGAAGGAUAAGGGCGAGUCCGUACGCCAG